GGGCUAGUCCCUCCCAUAACACAAAACACCAUUCAGCAGCAUGUCAACACACUCUCAUGUUGAGAAGAAGAAGAAACAGUUAAAGGAAUCAGACAAUCUAUUUUCUGGACAUAAAGAUCUUGGGCUUCAGCAAGACCAACUCUGAAGUGAACUGCUUAUCCAAACUGUUGUUUUUAUUAUAACCAAAUAUAGAAAUGGGAAGAAUACAUAUCUGCGUAAAACGGACGUUCAUUUUCGUCUGUGUCUUGAUCUGUAUCAUCAGCACCCUCUUGCUGGCCAUCACAUUAUUUGGACAUGGGUACUUCCACCAAUCAGAAGAAAUAGAGGAGAUUCUGCCUGGGAUAGUAGUUCUGUAUGUCCUAGAAGCAGCAACCCUGGUCCUGUCUAUCUUUGGUGUCUAUGGCGCUCGCAAGGAGAAGAAAUGGGCUGUGGUUCUGUUUUCUGUAGGUAUGUCACUGGCCAGCCUGUACCUGUUUGUGGAGUGCGUGAAAGCAUAUUAUUCCAAACACGAGAUGGAGGAGUUAACCAGAGAGGAACAUCUAGCGAUGAUGCCUCUGAGUGGAGCGAAACAAACUGAUAUAGAAACGAUAUACAACAUACAGACUAACUUCAAAUGCUGUGGGCUCGUACAAGGCUACCAAGACUGGGGCACAGACAUCCCCAUCUCCUGUCUCUGUUCUGAUGAGGACUCAACAGACUUUAAAUGUGUUGCUCCUGGUAACAAUACAAGAUUUGUUAUUCACUAUCACAAAAGUAAUUCGUCUGAGGAUGAUGACCACAAGGGAUUAAUGGAUGAAAACAUGCUGGUAUAUGAAAAGCCAUGUCUUCCCAUCCUGAUCUCUGUUGAGAGAAGUGCAAUCAGCCUGGGAAUAGGAAUAUUCGUAGCACUGACAGCAUUAUGGGAUGUUGGAGUUGUCCUGGCCAUCACAAUACUCUGCCAGAUGAGAAGAAAGGUUGAUGUGCCACCUGUGAUCUUCACCUCUCAACCACCUCAAUACAGAGAGCUGUGUGACACAGCAGAGUGUCUGACAUGAAAUGGUUCUCUUAUGAAGGAGACUCAAUGCACUAGUCUGAGUGCCAGUCUGUUUGUGCCAUCAUGACAACUCCUGUCACUCAUUUGUGUCAAGCCAAACAUGACAAUGGGUGACAAAGAGUUGGCUUGGCAAUGACAGCAAUGGAGUUGUCAUUGGCCAGACCACAAACAGAUCUGGGAUCAGGCUAGCAAUGCAUCCAUAUUAUGUACACACAUAACACACAUGAAAGGACAACUUGGGACAUUAUUAGACAUUAGACAUCUCUACUGUGUUGUCCAAAGUAUUACUGUUUAACUGAUUAUCCAUCUGACUGCCAGCAAGAGUCUUCUUAUUGGCUGUCAAAGGUUCUGUAAAACCUGUGGUUUGUUUUUCUGUUGUAAAUAAUUGGUAACCAUUUAACCGUUGAAGUGCCUCAGUGUUGGUUACAGUGUCUUGAAUAAAGGGACAAGCAUCUUAA